CGAGUACGCGCAUGCGUGGACCAAUCGGGUGAUAAAGCAAAGAUGGCGUCUGACGGAGAAGUCCUAAACGCGGGCAUUAUAUUUCUGUAUUCUUACAUAUAUGUUGUUUAAUAGAGUACACACGGUUAAUAAUUGUUUGUAGCCGGAUACAUUAGUCUGAGCGCACUUUGACACUUCUCCUGUUUGAUACCUCCAUUUAAGGUAGCUUGCAGCUAGUUUAGCUGGCUAGUUAGCUUAGCUUGUUAGCUGCUAACAAAGAGACGCGGAAGUUAUUUAAACAUCGCUAAGUAGGGAACUAAUGUGAGUGUAAAGUGUUGUGAUUGUGUGAAAAUGUGCGAAAGAACGACAGCAAAGUAUGAGGAGGCACUUUGUCCAACAAAAGAGGAGGACGAGCGACAACAUCAACUACUGGAUGUUUAUUAUAAGAAACAUCAUCAAGUUGUGUUACACAGAACAGACGUCUGCCAAGAACAAUUCCUGCCUGAGAAACCGGAGUGUAGCUCCAAGAUGGUGAAGAAAGAUCCAUCAAAGAAGAAGACCAAGCGCCACACACCCUCAGACGUCUCCUUUUCUUCUUCGACACAGACCCUUUGCUGUAAAAAGGAAGAAGAAGAGGAAGAGGAGGAACACAGCAUCAGUCAGGAGAGAGAGCAUAUUGAAGGACUGGUGGAGUUCCCAGUAACUUGUGUCCCUGUGAAGAGUGAAGAUUAUGAGGUUGUAGGUGAAAACGAGGAGCCUCCAAGCAGCAGCUCAACACAACACAUGACAACAGAAGCUGAUGGAGACCACUGUGGAGGAUCACAAGCAGACAAGCUCUUAGCUCCACUAUCAGAUAGUGAGGACACAACGUCACACUCUCCUGACACUGAUGAUGAAGACUCUAAAGAUGAUAAGACAUGUCACACUGACAACACUCACUUGAAAUGUUCUCACUGUGACAAAACAUUUAAAUACCAUUGUCAUCUGAAAACACACAUGAGAAGACACACAGGAGAAAAACCUUUUACCUGUUCAGUAUGUGGUAAAGGUUUUGCAGAAAGUCAGAGUUUGAAAAAACACACAAUAUUACACACUGGAGAAAAAUCUUUUAUAUGUUCAAUCUGUAGUAAAGGCUUUGUACAAAGUUGCAAUUUGAAAGUACACAUGAGAACACACACUGGUGAAAAACCUUUUAUCUGUUCAAUCUGUGGUAAAGGUUUUGCACAAAGUUCAUGUUUGGACAAACACAGAACAAUGCAUACUGGAGAAAAAAAAUUUAUUUGUUCAAUCUGUAGUAAAGGUUUUGUUCUAAGUAACAAAUUGAAAACGCACAUGAGAACACACACUGGUGAAAAACCAUUUUCCUGUUCAUUCUGUGGUAAAGGUUUUACAGUAAGUCAAUAUUUGAAAGUACACUUGAGAACACACACUGGUGAAAAACGUUUUAUCUGUUCAAUAUGUGGCAAAUGUUUUGCAAGAAGUUCAUGUUUGGAAAAACACAGAACAAUACACACUGGAGAGAAAUCUUUUAUCUGUUCAAUCUGUAGUAAACGUUUUGGACAAAGUAACCAUUUGAACGUGCACAUGAGAACACACACUGGUGAAAAACCUUUUUCCUGUUCAAUCUGUGGUAAAGGUUUUACAGAAAGUCAACAUUUGAAAAGACACAAGAGAACACACACCGGUGAAAAACCUUUUUCCUGUUCAAUCUGCAACAGAAGCUUUUGUGAACGAUCAAACCUUGUAGCACACAGGAGAACACACACAGGAGAGAAAGUGUUGAGUUGCAGUGUGUGUGGUGAAAGAUUCUCUUAUAAGUACCAGUGUAAGAAACACAAGUGUGCUGGUGAGAACAGCAGCAGCAAAUGAAACUGCAGGAUUUGAAAUAAACUGUCAGGAUUUAAAUUUAGACUUUCUAACAACAUCAAAACAUAACAUGUGUGACAUUGCUGUUGUGUAACAAUCUUUUUAAUAUGCUUAUACAUUUAUAGAUGAGAUAUUUUAUUAUAGUGCUUUUAUUCAGUCAAACACAUGCAUUAAUAUGCAACAUUGUUUACUUUUGUUAAAAUAUUAACAGUACAAUACAUUUUUUACAUACAAUAAACAUUUUAUGUGUGUAUAUAUUGAUAAUACAAUUUUAGACUUAUUCAUAAUACUGUUUGUAUACGUGUUUGAAAUAUUGAAGUAUUACAUAAUGUUAUUUCUAAUUGUUAAUGAUUCCAUAGAUUAGCACCUUUUAUAUGAUAUACAUAUUCACUGGUUCACAUCUGAAACAUCUUCUGGACCACUUCAGGAAGCAUAUUAUUAUUUACUUUAUACAUCAUUUGAACAGUUGUCUUUUAUACAAUUUUAAAAUGUGCAACUUUAUGAAUCAUUUGUUGGGUCUCUAUUAAUCCAUUUUAUUAAUGAUUUGUAUUACUCUUUUGUAAUAUGAUGAUUGUGUUGUGAUUAUUUUAUAUGUAUGUACCCAGACCUUUAUGCAGUAUAAAAUUUAAAUGAAAUGUCUGAAUUGUUUGUGGAAGGAUGGUUUUGUUUUUACAAACAUACAUUUGUGGAUAAAACAAAAAUUCCCAUUAUCGUGUUUUAAACAUUUUUUUAAUUUUUUUAACAUCCCCAAAACAAUAUCAAUAUUAAUCAAAGUUUGGAGUGUCAGUUAAAAGCCAAUUUUGUACAUCGUCCUACAGAGAUUUACUUGUCAUACAUUCAUAGAGCUUCUCCGUUGCCGAGAGCAGAAAUUGGCGUUUUAUCCCAUUUUAAGUCACAAAUAUAUCAGAUUGUAUUUAGAAUACCAAUGCUGGAUAUUUUUAUGGACACUUUAUGGACGAUUCUAAAGUGAUAAAGGUGUCCUUGUUUGUCUAAAAGACAUAUCACCGACCGCUAGCAAGCUUUGUUUGUCUUCAGCCAGGUGGCUAGCUAGCCAGUCGCUUCCUCUCGCCUUGAACUUUAAAGUUUGCUAUUUUCGGCACAAUUUUAUCCGCUAAGUUAAUCGCUUUUGAUGUUUGUGAGUUGACAACUGUUGUUUUGUCGGAGCUUGGUAUUUUAAUAAUCGCACGUUUGAAAUGCUGUUUCUAUAGGCCUCCUAGUGCUGAUGCUCUGUAUCUGAAGGAGUUACGUGAGAUGUUUGACAGGAUAUCAGAUGAGAAUAGAGAAAUCUACUUACUGGGUGAUAUGAAUGUUGACUGGCUGGGACAGGGGUGUACAAACAAAAAUAAUUUACUAUCCAUUUUAAAUGCUUGCAAUUGUCAUGAUCUGUGGUCUAGAUCAUGUUUUGUUUAGUUAUGUUCUGUUAGUUUUGGACUCCAUUAGUUCCUGUUUGUGUGCACCUUUGUUUGUUUUACUUACCAUGGCGACCAAUUAGUUUUACCUGUCUCGUGUGUUCAGUACGCACCUGCUCUAAUCUAGAGACUUUUAUUCAAGCCUGUUAGUCGGCAUGGUUUCAUUGCUGUUUAAAUUGAAACAAGGUGUGCAGUGAGGGAGACCCUGAGGCUGCACUGGAUUUAUUUAUGUUCAUGUACAUGAGUGUUGUGGACAAGCAUGCCCAUUUGAAAAAGUUUUCAAUCAAAACUGAGUCCGCCCCAUGGAUUGAUAAUGGACUUAGGAGUUUAAUGACAGAACGAGACAUGGCUAAGAAAGCCUAAGUCAACUCGGGUUUAAUUGAUGACA